AAAGGACGAAAAUCUUAAUUCAUGUCGGCAUUGAGUGAUAUCAAACAGACUGCCUCUGAAGAGGAGCAAAUAUGCGCGAAUCGACUCGUCAGAUACAAAAAAUGUGAAGUUAUGAACGAUUUCUUCUGCCCCUAGAUGCCGAACCUGAAAAGAUCGAAUCUCAUGAUGCCGUCUACCGCGUCCUCGGUGGGCUCUACGGACCGUACAAAUUCCAAAUCGACGAGAUUCUGGUCCAUUCUAUUUGGAGGCCAAAUAUCGCCGUAACACGCCACUGGAGAAGCCAAGAGGGGCAUGUGUUCCUCGCCCACGACUCGGCACAUCAGAACAUUCCUACAGGGGGCUACGGGAUGAACAUGGGCAUCGGAGACGCCUUUGAUCUCGGAUGGAAACUCGCUUCGGUGAUCAAGGGUCAGGGUGGCGUAGGGCUCCUCGAGUCUUACGAACUGGAGCGCAAGCCAGUAGCUCUCCGAAACGUGGAACGGUCCCAUGUUCAUUUCAAAGUCCACAAUGAGUUGCAGGCAUUGCUCGGCGGCGGAGAUCCGCGUCGCGUUGACGCCGAUACAGAGGAGGCACGUCUCCUCAGACAGCGUGUUCACGAGUUCUACCAAAGCCACGACGGGAUGAACAGGGACAUUGGGAUAGAGAUGGGACACCGGUACACCUCACACAUUAUUUUGCAUCAAGAAAACGACGGUAGCGAGCCUCUUUCGGAUCCACGCUACUACACCCCGACGACGUGGCCGGGUGGUCGGCCCCCUCAUUUGUUCCUCUCAGAUGGCACCGCAAUAUUCGACAAGUUUGGCAAACACUGGUCGUUGCUUUGCUUCUCUGAUACGGAUGUGGGACAAUAUUAUCUUGUCAAAGCCGUGAAUGAUUUGGGCCUGAGCCUGUCGCUGGUUAAUCUCUCGGGAGAGACGCAAGCUAGAGCGUUGUAUGAACGAGACCUGGUCUUGCUUCGCCCAGACCAACAUUUCGCCUGGAGAGCCGAGGCGGUGGAAUCACCAGCAAUUGCAGACGCGGUCCUACGUACCAUUUCUGGUCAAAAUGUCGUGGGUGUUAGGAACCUGGUUAUCGAAGACGAAAAGAACGGGGUGAUGAUGGCUUCCGAGAAGUCAAUGAAGGCACAGGGCGUUCCCAGCUGAAUUAGGGGCGAGACAGAUGCUCGGAAACAUGCCUUUUUUCUACAUUAAACCUGCAAUAUACGGCGAUUGAUCAUUGACCUUGCC